CAGCGCCCGCUCCUCCCACGCCCCCUUUCGCCCCGAGCCCCGGGUCCCCGCGGGCUGGCACCCUGCAUCCCUGGCCGAUCCUCUGCCCUCGGGCGCGACCAUGCUGCUGAGGGGCGUCCUGCUGGUGGCGCAAGCCCUGCAGCUCUCGGGUGCCCUUGACCUGGCCGCUGGCUCCUGUCCCUUUGAAGAGGGCACGUGUGGCUUCGACUCGGUGUUCGAGUUUCUGCCCUGGAUUUUAAACGAGGAAGGCCAUUAUGUUUACAUGGACGCCUCCUUUGCCAAGCAGGGGGAGAAAGCUGUGCUGCUAAGUUCUGAGCUACAGACUGAGGAAUGGAGCUGCCUCCGCUUGGUCUACCAGAUAACUGCGUCUUCUGGGUCUCUAUCAGAGCCCAGCCAGCUGAACCUCUAUGUUAGAUACGAGGAUGAAAGCUUUGAUCGCUUGCUUUGGUCAGCUAAGGAACCGUCUGACAGCUGGCUCAUAGCCAGCCUGGACUUGCAAAACAGUUCCAAAAACUUCAAGAUUUUAAUAGAAGGUAUCCUGGGAAAGGGAAACACAGCCAGUGUUGCCCUCUUUGAAAUCAAGAUGACCACCGGCUACUGUAUUGAAUGUGAUUUCGAAGAGAACCAUCUGUGUGGCUUUGUGAACCGCUGGAACCCCAACGUGAACUGGUUUGUGGGCGGAGGGACCAUUCGGAACUCCCACUCCGUCCUCCCACAGGAUCACACCUUUCAGAGUGAAGUGGGGCACUACAUGUACGUGGACUCUGUUUACGUCAAGCACUUCCAGGAGGUGGCACAGCUCAUCUCCCCGAUGACCACGGCCCCCAUGUCCGGCUGCCUGUCCUUCUAUUACCAGCUCCAGCAGGACAAUGACAACGUCUUCGCCCUCUACACUCGGGACACGGCGGGCCUGUAUGAGGAACUGUGGAAGGUGGGCAGUCCGGGGAACGCUGCCUGGAACCUGGCGGAGGUGGAGUUCAGUGCUCCUUACCCCAUGGAGGUUAUUUUUGAAGUUGCCUUCAAUGGUCCCAAAGGAGGAUAUGUUGCCCUGGAUGAUAUUUCUUUCUCUCCUGUUCACUGCCAAAAUCAGACAGAGCUUCCAUUCAGUGCCAUGAAAGCCAGCUGUGAUUUUGAGGAAGACCUCUGCAACUUUUACCAAGACAAAGAAGGUCCAGGUUGGACCCGAGUGAAAGUAAAACCAAACAUGUAUCGGACUGGAGACCACACCACAGGCUUAGGGUAUUACUUGCUGGCCAACACAAAGUUUACAUCUCAGCCUGGCUACAUUGGAAGGCUCUAUGGUCCCUCCCUACCAGGAAACUUGCAGUAUUGUCUGCGUUUUCAUUAUGCCAUCUAUGGAUUUUUGAAAAUGAGUGAUACCCUAGCAGUUUAUAUCUUUGAAGAAAACCAUGUGGUUCAAGAGAAGAUCUGGUCUGUGCUGGAGUCCCCGAGGGGAGUGUGGCUGCAAGCUGAAAUCACCUUUAAGAAACCUAUGCCUAUCAAGGUAGUCUUCAUGAGCCUGUGCAAAAGCUUUUGGGACUGUGGACUUGUGGCCCUUGAUGAUAUUACAGUGCAGUUGGGAAGCUGUUGGUCUCCAGAGAGCCUUCCGCGCGCACCUGGAGAGUGCACUUUUGAUCAUGAUGAGUGUGCCUUUACCCAGGAGAAAAGGAACUGGAGCAGCUGGCACAGGAGGCGAGGAGAAACUCCCACUUCCUACACAGGACCGAAGGGAGAUCACACUACUGGGGUAGGCUACUACAUGUACAUCGAGGCGUCGCACAUGGUGUACGGGCAGAAAGCUCGCCUCCUGUCCAGGCCUCUGCGCGGCGUCCCCGGAAAACACUGCCUGACCUUUUUCUACCACAUGUACGGAGCGGGGACUGGUCUGCUGAGUGUUUACCUGAAAAAGGAAAAAGACAGCGCAGAGUCUCUGCUAUGGAGGAGAAGAGGCGAGCAGAGCGUUUCCUGGCUGCAAGCACCGAUUGAGUACAGCUGCACGCAGCCACACCAGAUAAUUUUUGAAGCCACUCGGGGAAUGUCCAUAAGAAGCGAUAUUGCCAUUGAUGACGUUAAAUUUCAGGCAGGUCCCUGUGCAGAAAUGGAAGAUACAACUCAACAGUCAUCAGGAUAUUCUGAGGAUUUAAAUGAAAUUGAGUAUUAAGAAAUUAUCUAAAUUGGAUUGACUUUAAAAAAGCUAUACCUCUCUUCAAUCAAAAUGAAAACGAGUGAAUGCUGGACAGUCUGAACCGUUUCAUAAGUUAUAAAUUGACUUUGCUGCACCCUUUUCCAAUACUUCUGCAAAAAAUACUGACUCAGGGCUUUUUUUUUUUUUUUUUUGCAUUUGACAACUGUUACUAACGUGCAGGCUGAUGGUUUUGCAGAGAUCAUUCAUCUUAAUUUGGGUACCACUUGAAAACACAAAUGUACUAUAUUGUAGUCAUUUCAAAAUACACAAAUAAAGGGCACGAUCAAAAUGAGUUUGCUCAUUUUAAUCUGCAUUCAGUGAAUGUAUUGGGAGAAGAAUAGGUUUUGUGGGUUUCUUUAGAAUUUCAAUUAUUAUAAAUAUUUUUAAAUAAACAACAUGGGGUGUCAGUGAUAUCUGAAGAAUGAAUGCAGUUUUCUUGGUAACUAGUUAGCCUGGAAAAUAAAGUUUUACUUUCUAUGUUUUAUUCAUAGAAAUGGAGUAUUAAUUUUUAAUAUUUUCACCAUAUGUGAUAACAAAGGAUCUUUCACGCAGUCCCAGGGUAAGUCAGUAUUAAUUAAUGCUGUGUUACAAAGCAAUGCUGCCUUCUUAGUGCUCCCUUUGAACUACCUUUGAAGUCACAAUGAGCACAUAUGAACAGAAAUUGCACUCUUUUUUAUAAAGCAAGCUUGAAAAUGUUUAUAUACACAUUACCCAAUAUUUUUAUAAACUUAUUAAACAACUUGCCUAAUUUUUACAGUAAAUGUUUUGGUAAGGUUUUCAACGAUAUGAAUUCAACCAGAUAUGCUAAACUACUGCUUUCUAGUUUUUAGAAAAUUAUAUCUAUUUAUAUAUUUGCAUAUCCAAAUGGUUAUUGUGAAGUGAUAAGAUUAUCUAAUAAAAGAUAAUUUGAAAAUCUUUCA